CACAAACCAUAUGUGGCAAUGCGCGUCUGCACCUACUGCAAACUCUGUCCCCCUGUAUAAUCCGUCGGCAUCUCUCCCUCUCUCUCUAUUUCUCAAGUUCGAUAUUUUGCGAAAGCAUAGAGACGUUUCUUUUCUUCAAAUAGCAAAGGCCUAAACUUUACACACAUACGAAGACAAUGGCGAGUUCAGCUGUACCAUUGGAGGACGUUCCUUCUGUUGAUAUUAUGACCGAACUCCUUCGCCGCUUCAAAUGCUCCUCCAAGCCUGACAAGCGUCUCGUUCUCAUUGGUCCACCUGGCUCAGGGAAAGGUACACAGUCCCCCAUUAUCAAAGAUGAGUAUUGUUUGUGCCACUUGGCCACUGGUGAUAUGCUGAGAGCUGCAGUAUCCGCGAAGACUCCUCUGGGGAUUAAGGCUAAAGAAGCCAUGGAUAAGGGAGAACUUGUAUCCGAUGAUUUGGUGGUUGGGAUAAUUGAUGAAGCAAUGAAGAAGCCAUCUUGUGAAAAAGGCUUCAUUCUGGAUGGCUUUCCAAGGACGGUUGUUCAAGCACAGAAGCUUGAUGAAAUGCUUCAGAAGCAGGGAACUAAAAUUGAUAAGGUUCUCAACUUUGCAAUUGAUGACUCGAUAUUGGAGGAAAGGAUUACUGGCCGUUGGAUCCAUCCUUCUAGUGGUCGGACUUACCAUACUAAAUUUGCACCUCCCAAAGUUCAAGGUGUUGAUGAUGUUACAGGAGAGCCUCUGAUUCAGAGAAAAGAUGACACUCCAGAAGUUCUAAAGUCGAGGCUGGAAGCAUUCCACAAGCAAACUGAACCUGCUGAGAUUUGAGGCCUCAUGAUUGAAGAACUCAGGAUUAUUGAAUUUGUCUUCUCUUGAAGAUUUGCCUUCUUUUUCCCUGCUUUGCCACAUCUAAAGCUAAGAACUAAUUUUGCUUAUCUUUGUUCUUUCCUGGAGCUUGCUUUAGAGACAUAGUUGAUUUUUUUGUUUCAUAGUAAGUCAACUUGACACUUCAAAUAAUUGUAUUUAGGGAUUAUAUUCACUAUUAAGUAGUAAGUAUUUGCUAAUCUAAUGAGGGGUUAAGCAUUCCAGCUGUUAUCUUUGUUUUCUCCAUGGAAUAGUAACAUUUGGCCUGUGUAGCAUGUGAAGAGUUCUUCUACUUCCAUGGUCUUUCGUUACCAAGUCAGAAGUGGUCAAAAAGUAUUUUCCUUUUUCCCGAAACAUCUAAUGAGAUAUAUUUGAUGCGGUUGACCUGAUGGAUGGCCAAUGAUUAAGAGUGACGGUUAACUAAUGUUUAAAGCAUUCUCAGUUCACUCAUAACCGACUAUAGGAACUUUUACUUAUGAUCCUACUUAGUAUAUAUUUGCCCUUGUUAUCUCUGAUGAUAAAAUGUGUGUAUACCUAGUGUGUCUCAAUGUUAUGCUGUAUAUAUACAGGCUUUCAUUGCUUAAAAUUUAGAGACUAUGUUGACAUCAAAAUGUAAUGGCCUGUAACUAUUUCUUUUUUUAUUCUUCUCUCUAUUUCACACAUUGGCAAUUCCAUUUUCAAGGUAGAUACGCUUCUUUCUGUAGCUGGGAAGGAAGCAAAAUUUAGAUUAGGAUAAAUGCUUGAUCAAUCUUGUCACCUGUAGAGUUUAACUUCCCGGGCACUAAAAUUUUAUGGAUCAAAACGCAUUUAGCAACACAAAAUCUUCAUCAUGGUAUUGCCUAUCCCUCUUUUCUCUGAAGGAUCUGUUUCAAUUGCAGGACUGGAAUUACCAGCAUAUCUUUAAUUUCUUUGAUUCUAUAUACAUGAUCAAUCUUUUCAUUUAAAAGUGCAUUGGGUUGGAAGAAGCAUCUCAUUUUAACAACUAUUUAAAUAUUUGUUUGUU